GCGCGAAUCAAUGGGAUCAAACGCGAAGGAGGUGCACCGUCAAUUACAAGCACUUGGACAAGUUUAACUUUUUUUUUUCUUUUACAAAUAAGGCCUUCAAACGCAACCUUAGCAACGCCCAAAUAAGAAGCCACCUCUAAGCCAAAUAGCCUAUGUGCAAAGGGAGGGAGAAUAUAUAUAUUGAUAAUAAGUCUAUAUGUAUAUUACAGACGCACAGGUUUACAUUCUGUGAACUUUUUUCUUUCUUUCUUUGCUUUAAAAUUUUUUUUUUUAUUUUUUAAACCUAGGGACAUUGUAGAGGAAUCUUCCUAUCUUUUGGCGAGUUACUGAAGGGGGUAUUCUGUUUUCUUGGAGCGCCCAAGGGGGCGCAGGGACAGAGGAAAGAAAAGAGCUGGGAGGAAAAGGGCAGGGUGGGUGGGGGGCAGAGGGCGAGCCGGCGGCCAGGGCGAGCGCUUGCUGGCAACACGAUGCGGUCCUUGCUGCUGUUCACUUUCUCGGCGUGCGUGCUGCUGGCCCGGGUGCUGCUGGCUGGCGGCGCGAGCAGCGGCGCCGGGGACACCCGGCCAGGCAGCAGGCGCCGGGCGAGAGAGGCGCUGGCGGCUCAAAAGAUCGAGGUGCUUGUUCUAUUGCCCCGGGACGAUUCGUACUUGUUCUCGCUGGCCCGGGUGAGGCCGGCCAUCGAGUACGCGCUGCGUAGCGUGGAGGGCAAUGGCACCGGGAGGAAGCUGCUGCCGCCAGGCACUCGCUUCCAGGUGGCCUACGAAGACUCGGACUGCGGCAACCGCGCGCUCUUCAGUCUUGUGGACCGCGUGGCGGCGGCGCGCGGCGCCAAGCCGGAUCUCAUCCUGGGGCCCGUGUGCGAGUACGCGGCGGCGCCGGUGGCUCGGCUGGCGUCUCACUGGGACCUGCCGAUGCUGUCCGCAGGAGCGCUGGCCGCCGGUUUCCAGCACAAGGACACGGAAUACUCGCACCUCACGCGCGUGGCGCCUGCCUACGCCAAGAUGGGAGAGAUGAUGCUCGCUCUGUUUCGCCACCACCACUGGAGCCGUGCAGCCCUGGUCUACAGCGACGACAAACUCGAGAGGAACUGUUAUUUCACCCUCGAGGGGGUCCACGAGGUUUUUCAGGAGGAGGGGUUGCACACGUCUGCCUACAAUUUCGACGAGACCAAAGACUUGGACCUGGACGACAUAGUGCGCUACAUCCAAGGCAGCGAGCGAGUGGUGAUCAUGUGUGCCAGUGGUGACACCAUUCGGAGAAUCAUGUUGGCGGUGCACAGACACGGCAUGACCAGUGGAGACUACGCUUUCUUCAACAUUGAACUCUUCAACAGUUCUUCCUACGGAGAUGGCUCGUGGAGGAGAGGAGACAAACACGACUCUGAAGCUAAACAAGCAUACUCGUCCCUCCAAACAGUCACCCUACUGAGGACCGUGAAACCUGAGUUUGAGAAGUUUUCCAUGGAGGUGAAAAGUUCUGUUGAGAAACAAGGGCUCAAUGAGGAGGAUUACGUGAACAUGUUUGUUGAAGGGUUCCAUGACGCCAUCCUCCUCUACGUUCUGGCUUUACAUGAAGUACUCAGAGCUGGCUACAGCAAGAAGGAUGGGGGGAAAAUCAUCCAGCAGACUUGGAACAGGACAUUUGAAGGUAUCGCCGGGCAGGUGUCCAUAGAUGCCAACGGGGACCGGUAUGGGGACUUCUCUGUGGUUGCCAUGACUGACACUGAAGCAGGCACCCAAGAGGUCAUUGGUGAUUACUUUGGGAAAGAAGGCCGGUUCCAAAUGCGAUCGAAUGUCAAAUAUCCUUGGGGCCCUUUGAAACUGAGACUAGAUGAGACCAGAAUCGUGGAGCAUACCAACAGCUCUCCUUGCAAAUCAUCAGGUGGCCUAGAAGAAUCUGCAGUGACAGGAAUCGUUGUGGGGGCCCUACUAGGUGCUGGCUUGCUAAUGGCCUUCUACUUUUUCAGGAAGAAAUACAGAAUAACCAUUGAGAGGCGAAAUCAGCAAGAGGAAAGCAACAUCGGGAAGCAUCGAGAGCUGCGAGAAGAUUCCAUCAGAUCACAUUUUUCGGUGGCUUAAAAGAGAUGCCCCUCUCGCUUCGUCUACUUGAGAUUCCUUAAAGAGAUAGAUGGAAGGACAGACAUCAACGGAGCAGAAAGGGCGUUCUCGGAGAAGUCAUUCUUUUAAGCAGUAGUCAUUUCAUUUUACAUUUUCUUUAGAAGCUCAGGAAUGAUUGUUAAUCACUAUCUGCCUUCUGGCCUCUCAUCUCAUGGCAAACUAAUAUAAUGAAACAACGCAAUGCUGUUAAGUGUUCUGGCUGCUGGAGGGGCAUCAGAGGAGAUUUAUGUCUUGAAAGUCUGCUGCGUCCAUAUCUUGAUUGCUUUGGGGGCAGUUCACACGAGGAUAGAAAAAUGUGGCUUUUCUGAAAUGAAAUGUUUCGUAGCUAGGAUAAAACAAUUUUUACAAGGAGAAUAUUCUUGGAAAGAAUUUAACACCCAAUAAGAGGACAAUGGAAUGAAAGAAAUCUCCAGGCUGGGAAUGCAGUGCCCCUCUCUCUGGAACUGGGGGACAGGUUUGUGGUUGAUGAAGGCUGCGUCCAACGUCCACAUUCAGGUCUGAAUUCAUAUCUCAAGAAAGGAUCCUCCCUGUCUCUUUUAGUGUCUCAUCAGAGCUACUCUGGAAAACUGUAAAUAUUAGUGAGCAAGGAGGAUUUAUAUAAGAAAAUUGAGUCUAAAAUGCUUCUUAUACGAUGUAAAAAAAGUCCUACUUCACACUAACAUUUUAUUUUUAAGUAUUUUAAUCUUAUAUUUUGGUAUUAGAAAUGUGUCUAUUUUUUCAUUUUGAAGAUUAAAUUUCACUUAUAUUUUAAGAGCACGGAGGAGGUGUGUGACAAAUCUGUGGAGAGGGAGGAACGGUUCUCGUUUUCUCUGCUGUCCUCUGUCCCUUGGCUGUCUCUAGUCUAACUGCUAGUCUGGCUGAAGAUGUACAGAAGUCUGUUCAGCUUACAAACUCUGAAGGAAUACGUUGAUGUUAAGCCGUUGUUCAUUUUCAACUGUUUUAAAUGGAUGUUAUUGGAGGGCUACAUUCUUUCUAACUAUGGUCAAAUGAUGCCCUUCAAAACCAGUAGACUUAAGUGGAGUCUAUAAAGAAACACAACCCCUUUCCCUCAAGAAUAAGCAGACAGUGAGAAUUUGACAGCAAGACACAGUGGUGAUACGUUUAAAAAAAAACUGCAUGCAAUUUAUCAAAAUUUGAGGUGAUGAUUUUAAUUUAAAAAGGGAAUGUUGAUAUCUGCUGUGUCCCUUUAACCUUAUAGAGUUUUGCAGCCACCACAAAUGAUGCAUAGCUUGGACAGUGAGCUAGGACAGACAAGGGCAUCGUGGCUAAGACUGAGCCAGCCUUUGCUGGGUAUCCUCUUUGCACUCAAUCCUGGGUGCAGAGGUUUCAAUUCUGGUUCCGACUUUAUCAUUUGAGGAGAGAACAAGGGUACCGUCUUGUAAUUUUGCCUUUCUUGGUAACAUUCUGAGCAUCUGAAACCCAGCUUAAAGGGGGGAAAUUAAAUAAUUUCUUGGAGGUCCUAUCCAUCCAGGUUAACUGUGGAGGAGUCCAAGCAAGCUUAGCAAGCUCUGGAAGCUGGCUUCCCAGGGAAGGAGUGGACCACACCUCAUUCUCUCAGUGGAGUCAAAGUGAAUGGGCUGCACCUGUGUGGGGCUCAGGAAACGGGAUGCAAACCGCAUGAUAAAAUGAAUUAGCUUCUGAACAACUGAAGGGGGUGUGGUAGGAGGUAUGUCGUGGUUCUGCCUGUGGGAUAUUGAGGGAAAAGUGCUGACUUAAAAAAAAAAAGUAGGCCAGAAAGGCAAACUUUAAAAUGCUAAUCCAGGAGGCGCGUUUGUGGAGCACAACUCAGGAAGGCUGCAGCUGAUGGUCAGGGACUCACAUAAUGAAGACAGAUGGGCAGACUGCAUCCACCCCAGUUCUCAGAACCAGAGGGCUGCUUGUUUCUCUCUUACAUUUUCAAUGAUGUUUUCCCUGUGUUUCAGAGAUACUCAUUUUUUAAUGUUUUUUUUUUUUGAACCUGUGUGUUAAUUGCAGGAGGGUGACAGUGGGAAAAGUUCUCUACCUGGCUAUAUUCUUUGGGUAUGAAUAUGUCUAAUCCUUUCUUGAAUUUGUAUAGUUUCCCCUUGAAUGUCAGCAUAGUUACAACAGUAUUUUUUAUUUCUGCUCCAGCUAGAGGAAUUGUUCCAAGGUUAAUAGUGGAUCCCCAGAUUAGAUGUUAAAGAAUAGAUUAGAUGUUUAAAAAAUAAAUAGGCAGGGUGAAUCGUGAAGUCCCUGGAGUCAUUUCCUACAAUUUUAAAGCAAUUCUUAUUAUAUUAUUAUAUUAUUAUUAAUAUUAUUAAGGUUGAUUGCUCAUUUACAUGCCUGCUGUAUAGUUUGUCUUUCUUGAAUGUCUUUACAUGGCUAGACAAGGUGGCCCAUGUCUUCAAUUCCAGCACUUGGGAGGCAGAAGCAGGAGGAUAUCAGUGAGUUUAGGGCCAGGAUGGUCUCCAUAGUGAGUUUCAGAUCAGCUGUAGUUACACAGUUAGACCUUGUCUCAGAAAAAAAUAAAUCAUUAUAUGAGUAGCCAAAAUGUCAUUAAGUUUUAAAAACACCACCAAGUUGGGAAACCUUUGCUGACAGUAUAGAUGUCUGUUCCAUGGUGGCUCUGGGUUAAAAACUCUUGGUAUUGUAUUGUAGAACUUAAAUUCUUAACUGCUAAGCAACAACUUUGACAAUUAGUCAUUCAUAAUCUGCCAGUAGUCAUCUAUUAUAUAAUUAACAAAAUGGAACUUUAGUUCUUAAGCCAUUCUAUAAAUUUUUACUCUUAAGUCCAAUGAUCAAGGUUUCAAAGGGGGGGCAUUUCAUUAGUGUUUUUUAUAUCUUGUCAAAUAUAAGUUCAUACACAAGCUAAACUAAGCGUAUACUUAUGGUGAUGGAAAUAAACACAAGUUUUAUAGCCAAUAUUAUUGUCUUAGAUCUGGGAGAGAAGCUGAACUCAGAAACAAAACUUUCUGGGUAGAGUCAUAUCUGUUCCCAACACAAACAGAGGUUUCACACGGAAUCCGUCAACAUGUAUUGUUUUGAAGAGCCAUUGGCGUGUCUUUUCCUGAACCACAGACAGAAUUCCACAUGUCUUGAAAUAGUUGUUUACAUUUCAGAAUUCAUGGAGGAGAGGGAGAAUCCUAUGGAAUGAGAACAGAUGCCCCACCCCCACUUCCUUUUUCUCUUGAAUGAAAAGCUUUGGAAUGCCAAGUCACUUCCCCUUGCUUACAGGCAUCCUGUGCCUUUGCUCCUGGCACAUCUACCUUCUGUGUCCCUAACUUACCUCUUUUCUUCUAGUUGGGACUGAUUGUCAGGGUCUAAGACAUGCAGUGGGACGUGGAAAGGGAGGCCUUGUGUAUCUCAGAGAGUGGUUUCAGAAGCUGUUUCUAGUGAUGCCAUUGCUUUCUUGAAACAGAGCUACUCGUGCAGGUGUUUUAGAUGCGUCACAAGUGCGCGCGCGCACACACACACACACACACACACACACACACACACGAAAAAAGAGAAUGAAAGAAUAGCAUUUAUAAAUUGGAAAACACUAGGGUCUGUGUUUGUUGAGACACAAAGAGCUCAGAUCCCUAAUAGGUGCAACUACAAAGGCAAAUGCCAAUUGAACUUUGGCCCACUACCUAUUUGUGUAGUUAUACCCUACAGGUCUUUAGAAGAAGGCUGGUAAUGAGCUGAAUUUUUCCUUUAGUGGAAAAAACAGAAACUGUCUAGAAAUACAGGAUGCUUUAGGGGCAGCAUAGAAGUAGGGAGAACGAGCCAGAGGCACUGGAGGGAUCUGUCUAUUUUUCAGUUGGUCUUUAGAACAGAAUAAUGAACAGUUUAGACCUUCUUCAAAAGCCAGUCUCCACAAGAAGUGCUGGACAUGCCCAGAGAGAAGAACCAGGAGCUUAUGUCUCUCAAAGUGACAGAGAGAAGAAGUUUGCAGCUGACACGGGCUCAACUGUUCUUCAUAGAGCUCCACCUGCUAUCCAUCACAUUUCUAUGGGUGUGCUAGCACCUUUCCCAUGCAGGUGGAAACUUGUGAGGAGGCCUCCUCAUUUACUCAGAGAAAAAAGACAAAAUCGCACCGCUGUGAGGAGGUAGCUGGCUUCUACUCAGAAGCCUGACAGCAACUUGACCAUGCAUGUCCUUGGACAGUUUACAUCUGUGAUUUUCAUGUACGCGAAGGAACCUGGCUUUUUUCUCAGCAUAUGGAUUUUUCCGAUGUUUCCUGCAGGCCUAUGGAAUGAAAAUACUCCUCCAAAGGACACUGAGUUGGAGGUUGUUCAAAUAUCGCAUUAACCACUAAUGUUAAUUCAUCCCAAAUGCAGAGCAUUUCCCAAAUGCUGAUGCUGGUGUUUCUGUUUUAAGUCACUUCAAAGGUAAUCAAAAGGAUUUCAGUGGGAGCUGACUCUCAGAGGUAAAAAUAAAUAUGUUACAAAAACUCUUUGGUCUAUCAGGUAUCAUACGAUUCCUAGUGGAGAGAUUUGAACCAAGUAGACCUCAGAGUUAAUAAAACAUGUUCCAUUUCUUUGAUUCAUAUUUAAAGGCAUAAAUUUAUAUGCACAGGACCAGGAGGUCCAUUUCCCCAAGUGUGAAUCAUAAUAGGAUACCGAGUUCAUUUUUACUUUCUAGAAUAAAGCUGUCAUAGUCUCUACUUAUUAUUGGGGAGAGAAAGAGUUAUUUCUCCAGAGAAAGAGGAAACCAUGGCUUUUGAUGGACUAUCUCAUUCAUUACUCAGUGCCUGUGUCUGAACGUGUUCAAUAUGGUGUAGCAUAGAAGACAGCAAGGAAGUGCUCUCAAUUGGCCAAAAUCGGAGCCUUCUUCCCUGGGCAUUGCUGAAACCAAGGGGCUGUGAGCUAAGCAUGGCAGAAGGCCAGUCCCUCAGCCUGUGUCUUUUGAGCCAUUUUGUUCAUGGAUAAUUUAAAUAUGACCACAAAACAAUAAAAACGUACCAUGAAUCUGGUAGAAGAGUCAAAGCUGCACCAGCUACAUAUAGCUUCCUAUUCUAAUGUAAGUAGAACUGUCUGCAUAUAAUGUGAUUUAAUUUAUUGUUGUUCUGUGUAGAAAGUGAGGACUCAUGACUGUGGAUAAAGCCCUGUUUUGUAUAAUAUAUAUAUAUAUAUAUAUAUAUUUUUUUUUUCUGGUGCAAAAUUGGUCAUUUAAGCAAUCUACUUCAUUUGGUGUUUGGAUAGAAAUGUGCGCGUGUUCUUGUAAAGGUUUCUAUUCAGCAAGAAUACCACAUAGCCCAAAUAUAACAGUAUGUUCUCAUUAAACGUAUACUCUACAGAAA